AUGAGCCGCACUGAAUACCUAUACGUCAACAAUUUUUGGGGCGAAAAACAUCAUGGCCACCACGUUAUGUACGAGAAUCUGCGGAAGGGCGAAGAGGUGGCCACCGAGUUCGUCCAAUUCCUGAAAGAACGCUCGCAAUACGAGGAUGACGCCCAGAAACAGCUGCUAAAAAAUGCGAAUCGAGUAAGCUCUUUCAUCUCGCACGGCUCAAAUUUUGCGCCGGGCUGGGCGUUAGCGAGGGGAACGAUCGAAUUGCUGGCCGAAAUUCAUGGAGCGUAUUUCAAAAGCAUACAAGAGCUAGUGAAAGAAGUUACGCGGUAUCAAGACGACUUCUCCAAGACCCGAAAGAAGGCCAAAGAGCAGGAUGUGGUCGAUACAGUCAACUUGAUGCAAACAACGACUACUUGCCUUCAGAAAGCCAAAGAGACGUACAUGUCCCGAUUUAACGAGUUGGAAAAGUUGCGACGAGAUUCUACAGCCAGCGCGAAGGAGGUGGCAAAGACCGAAUCGAAACUCCUAAAGGCCAAAGACGAGUACCGGCAGUACGUCGAGAAAUACGAACAAAUACGUGUACAAUACGAGCGGAAAAUGGAGAAUGCGGCAACGAUUUUUCAAGCCUUGGAUAUGGAUCACUACUCUUCUUUGCGCCAAUUUCUGCUAACUUAUGCCGUUCAACAGCAAGAGACGUUAGCGGCGGCGAUGCAGGUCUGCUCCCAGUUCCGCGAAUCCGUCCAAGCCCUCGAAGUCCAUCAAUUCGUCGAGAAUUUCGUGAAGAAGGCGGCCACCGGAAAGGAUAGGCCACAAGCUGUCGUAUUCGAAGACCUGGACGGCCUGAUGUCGCACGGCGGAGACGAUAGCGAACGAUCGGCCGGCACGUCACAGCCGUCAAGCUGUAACAGCAGUCAGGUCGUGAAAACGGAACAGCCGGUUCUUCCACCAACUGCCCAUGACCUCCUCGUGCUUGAUGUACCAUCUACGUGGAAUUCCAAUGAAGAGAAUAAAGCUGCCUCCACGAAAAUGCCCUCACCCAGUGGGUCCGAUGAUUCAAGUAACCAGCCACCAUCCGCCCUACCACCCCCGCCCCCACAAGGAUUUUCGACCAGCUUUGGUGGCUCGGCUGGGAAGAAGCUUUCUAUGUGGUUGCCGAAGAGAAAUUCCAGAAAAACGGCCAGUCAGAGCAGCAUCCCCGAUUCCGAAGAGCCCGGUGUUGUUGGAGGAUUCUUGAAAUUCCGGAAAAACAGCAAAAAGAAGUCACAAUUGGACCUCAGCGCCCCCAUCGACAAAGAAAAUGCGGAUGAUGCGCAAAGUACGGCCAGCAGCUGUCGCAGCGACGAGAAGCAGGCGAAUGGUGUGCUGUCGACACAUUCGGUAGACGCCGACGGAUACUCGAUACGACCCAGCGAGGACCGGAAGGACCGCCCGGACUGGAGUAGUUGUUCCUCGAGCGAUGAGGAUGAAAAUGAGAUGCAAAAAUCUCGGAUACGAGCACUAACGAUCAAGCCUGCGGCAGUCGGGGCCGCCAGGAAUUCGUCGGUAGAUGAACUGCGCGACGCGAUAGGGAGUAUAACGCUGGGCCGGAGCGCGACGUUUGACAAGGACCCCUGGUCAGUCUCAACCACGCGGGCCCCGUUCUCUCAGUCCCUUGGCGGUGUCAAACCCCUCCGUGCCGCCCAUACCGGAGAUGAACACCUGCGCAGCAAGUUCAAUGAGUCCGACUUUGCUCGCAGCAACGUGCCGCUCAGCUUUUCCUCGUCGGUGGGCGCAGCGGCGGUGUUGGGUAUGGCCAGGGCCAGGCCGAGAAGCAACACGCCGAAUCUGCCGAUGGGAAAGCGGGACUCGAUGGGCUCGCAAGACUGGAGCGCACAACUUGGCGGGCUCGUCGGCGGCGAGGGCUCGAUGUCUUCGCUCAGCAAUUCGACGCUGGACUUGAUGGCGGCAAGCGAGUAUCGUGUCCCGGUGGCAAUGGCCAUCAACGAGUACUGCCAUGUGUGGUUUAAAGGAAGCGACACCAGCCAAAAAGUUGUGCGGGUAUUCGGAACCGUGAUGAUCUCGUUCGCCGCCGCUUCGAUACCGUUGCUGACCGAUCUAAACAACUCGAUUGAACCUCUCUCAUUCCGGCUCGCCUCAACGGAUAAAAUCAAAGCUGUGCUGCCGAAUAAGGAGUUCCUGAUCACCACCGCCGGCGACGGCUACCGCUACUCGUUCGACCGGCAAGCCCUCGCCAAAUGGCUACAAGCCCAACAAGAGUCCCGCCCGGGCACCCAGUUCUUCAACGCCGAAGUCCUCCGUUACGAGCUGAAAGAAGAUGAAACACUCGAGCCACCGCUGACCGUGCUCUCAUACUGGAAAACGGAAGCGGAGACGACGGAUAUCUUCAUCGAGUACCGACUCAACAUCGGGUGCCCCGUGACGGCAACGCUGCUCAACGUCAGCCUGGCGACGAUCGUCAACGGCGGCGUGGAGAAUGUGAUUACGGACCCCUCGGCGGAUUGGCAAGCCGGCACUUCUACCCUAUCUUGGCUGUUGACCGAAAUUUCGCGAGCCGGACAGACGAACGGUUCUCUAAAAGCCCGGUUGCGACUCGCCCCUGGUGGUGGGCCAAGUACCCCGGCUCAAACCCACGUCUCAUUUCAUUGCGUCGAUUCGUCCAUCUCUGGCGCUUCCGUACAACUCGACCCAUCUGACGUCUACCACCUGUCGAUGGUCCGCCGGAAGCUCUUUGCCGGCAAAUACUUUUGCGAUCCGGAAGUGAAGAAA